AUGUUCAAUCGCUUCCGUCGUUCGAGCAAAAUCGCUCGCUCGUCAUCAUCUGACGAUAAGCCGCGCAAAUCCUCGAUCGCCACCCGAAGUGAUCAAACACGACGAAAACCAACAACUUUCUUCGACCUUCCGGCAGAACUACGCAAUCUAAUCUACGAACACGCCGCAUUAGAAACCCAUCUCCGUCUCCUUUCCAAAGAACCCAGCCAAUCUAAAUACAAAAAGCGCCCUAUUCCCGGCCUCCUCCUCGCUUCCCGCCAAUGUCGAGCCGAAUACCUCCCCAUCCUCCUCUCCACCGCCUACAUCUCAAUCACAAUCCAAAACUUCAACUUCAGCAACCUCAUCCGCAUCACUGGAAGCCUCUACAACACCGAACUCAAAUCCCUCCGCUGUAAUCCCAAUCUAACAAUCUUCCUGACUUUUCCAACUCCAAAUUCCUCUGUUCUUCCUUUGAGAGAUCAAACUUUGGAAGCUUCCCUCCGAACUUGGAUCACCUAUCGUGCUACCGGAAUGGAUAAAUUACCUUGGCAUUAUGCGAUUCCGAUAAGAGGGAGGAUGCCGAGGGAGAGUGGGCAUGUGAGGUUUAUGAUGGAUUAUAAGAAGUUUGUUGGAGUUGUGGAGGGGUUGAGGGGGAAGGUUGGGGAGGUGCUGCAGUGGGAGUUGGGGAUUAUGAGGGGGGAGUUGGAGGAGUUGGAGGGGGUUAGUAAGGAGUUUUGGAGGGAGAGGUAUGAGGUUUAUGAACAGGGGAAGGAGAGGAAUGGGGUUGGGGAGAUGGUUCGAGCUCAGUUUCGGUGA